AUGUCUACAAGGACAUCAAAUGGCAAGAAACCAGCUUCGGCUGCUACGAAUCUUAUAGCCGGAGGAGGUGCGGGCAUGAUGGAAGCUCUUGCUUGCCAUCCGUUAGUUCGGAUGCAGUUGUCGCGAAGGGCGCGAGCACCUGGUGCCAAGCCGCGUGGAUUCAUCACAACUGGAGCUGAAAUUGUGAGGCGGGAGACUGCGCUAGGUCUAUACAAAGGCCUCGGCGCGGUGCUGGGCGGCAUCAUCCCGAAGAUGGCCAUACGAUUCACGUCGUACGAGUGGUACCGACAACUCUUGACUGACAAGGAGUCGGGCGUCUUUACCCGAAAAGCAACGUUCCUCGCCGGCCUUGCCGCAGGUGUUACCGAAGCCGUCGCCGUCGUGAAUCCCAUGGAGGUCGUGAAAAUCCGCCUUCAGGCACAACAUCACUCUCUCGCCGAUCCCCUCGAUACGCCAAAAUACCGCAGUGCACCGCACGCUCUGUUCACUGUCGUCAGGGAAGAAGGGUUCGUAGCGCUAUACCGCGGCGUGUCUCUGACAGCACUGCGCCAGGGCACGAAUCAAGCAGCCAACUUUACGGCCUAUACGGAGCUGAAAUCCGCGUUGCAAAAAUGGCAGCCGGAAUACGCCACCAAGGAGCUCCCAUCAUGGCAGACCACCAUCAUUGGACUCAUUUCUGGCGCCGUAGGACCCUUCUCCAAUGCGCCCAUUGACACCAUCAAAACGCGACUGCAACGCACGCCCGCAGAACUGGGACAGACUGCGAUAGGCCGGAUCAGCUCGAUAGCAGGCGAGAUGUUCAAGCAGGAAGGCGCGAAGGCCUUUUACAAGGGCAUCACGCCCCGGGUGAUGCGAGUGGCGCCAGGGCAGGCAGUUACGUUCACCGUGUACGAGUUCCUCAAGGGAAGGCUGGAGAACAGCAGGUGGUCGGUGGUUGGGGGGAAGUACGAAGAAUAG